GAAGGUAAAAUUGGACUUCCUGGUUAAAUCUCUCCCUCCCUGUCUCGACGGGGUUGUGUUCUGUUUCCAGAGCUUCAAAGAAACUGAAAUUAAGAGGCGAGAGAGUAAUGGGCAGCGAGAGGAAGUCGAAGGAGGAGAAGAAGAAGAGAAGGAGAAGUCCUUCUUAUGACUCUGACGCGGAAGGAAAAGGAAAAAGGGUUAGGACUGUCGAGGAUCGGAAAUCAAAGAGUAGUAAGGGAGAUGAGAAAGACAAGUCCCUCCACAAGAAGAAAAGCAAAUCUCAUAAAUCCUCCAAACACCGUUCUGAUAAAGAAAAGAAGUUGGAGGAGAAGCGCCGCAAAGAUAAAGGUCAUAAGCAUGAUCGACACUCAAAACUUAAGAUCCAGGAGAUUUCUGAUGAUGACUACUUCUCUAAGAACAAUGAAUUUGCAACGUGGCUGAAAGAAGAGAAAAAGAUUUUCUUCUCAGAUCUUUCGUCUAACUCUGCACGCGACUUGUUUUCACAGUUUAUCAAGGACUGGAACAACCAGAAGCUUGAAUCUCGAUACUAUGAGGGCAUUGUUACUGGGCCACGGACAGCCCAUAACUGGAAAAUUAAAUAGUAGUAGAAUUAAACAAAACUAGAACUGGCUGGGCACUGUAAGAGAAAGCUCUUGGCUUUCAAAUUCGAAUCCCCAUUUAAAUUCUCCACUGCUUCUUCUUCAAUAUAUCCUCUCCCAAACCACUUUAAUCCACAGCCCAUUCCAUUCCCACGCAGAGAAGAAAAAGAACCCUCAAGCUCUGGAAUUCAAUGCCUUCUCAACCACCACCCCAACCCCGAAAUCUCAGGCUUUCUCCAAAAGGGUUUCUCAGAAAUUACCAACGACAGUGUUGGGAGAGCACUACAUGCAUUUUGCUUAAAGGGUGUGAACCAUUUGGACAUAUUCCAUACCAACACCUUAAUAAAUAUGUACUCGAAGUUUGGCAAAAUUGAAGUUGCCCGGUCGGUGUUCGAUAGAAUGCCUGACAGAAAUGGAGCUUCUUGGAAUAACAUGAUGUCCGGUGUUGUUCGUGCGGGUUUAUAUCAUGAUGCAAUUAAGCUGUUUGGUGAAAUGCGGCGUCAGGAAGUUGCACCAAAUGGGUUUGUAAUUGCGAGUUUGGUGACAGCAUGCAAUAGGUCGGGUAAUAUGUUUGAUGAUGGAUUUCAAAUUCAUGGUUUUGUACUUAAAAUUGGUUUGUUAUUUGACGUGUUCGUGGGCACUGCGCUUCUGCAUUUUUAUGGUACAUAUGGCUAUGCUUAUUGUGCUCAGAGGCUCUUUGAAGAGAUGCCUGAACGAAAUGUUGUAUCUUGGACUUCCUUGAUGGUUGGGCAUUCAGACAAUGGAGAUCCCAUGCAGGUCAUAAAUAUAUAUAAGCAAAUGAGUCGCGAAGGAGUUUGUUGUAACCAAAACACUUUCACUACAGUCAUUAGCUCUUGUGGAUUUCUUGAGGAUGAACUGUUGGGUCAUCAAGUUCUUGGACAUAUCAUAAAGUCUGGAUUUGAGACUAAUGUUUCUGUGGUAAAUUCUCUCAUUUCGAUGUUCGGUAAUUUUAGAUUCAUUGAAGAGGCCUGCUAUGUCUUUGAUCUCUUGAACGAACGCGACACAAUUUCGUGGAAUUCAAUGAUUUCUGCGUAUGCACACAAUGGGCUUUGCAAGGAAUCACUUGGUUGUUUUCACUCGAUGCGCCAUGCUCAUAAUGAAUUAGAUUCAACUGCACUUUCCUCUUUGUUAUCAGUUUGUAGUUCUGUGGAGAAUUUGAAGUGGGGCAGAGGAAUUCAUGGACUGGUUGUUAAAUUGGGGUUGGAUUCAAAUAUUUGUGUAUGUAAUACUCUUCUGACUAUGUAUUCUGAGGCUGGAAGGCUUAAGGAUGCAGAAGAUCUGUUCCGACAUAUGUCAGAGAGGGAUUUAAUUUCAUGGAAUUGCAUGAUGGCUAGCUAUGUUCAGUGUGGGAAGAGCCUAGGCGCCUUGAAAAUUUUGUCUGAACUGCUUAAGCUGGGAAAAUUUAAUAGCCACGUGACUUGUGCAAGUGCAUUGGCUGCAUGUUCAAACCCCGAGUUUGUUGUUGAAGGCAAGAUUGUCCAUGCACUUGUCAUCAUCACUGGCCUUCACAACAAUUUGAUUGUUGGAAAUGCACUAGUAACCAUGUAUGGUAAGUGCGGCGUGAUGUGGGAAGCUAAUCGGGUAUUCCAGAAAAUGCCCGAGCAAGACUUGGUAACUUGGAAUGCACUCAUUGGUGGCUAUGCUGAAAAUGAAGAAUCGGACAAGGCAUUGAGGUGUUUUAAGUUGAUGAGAGAAGAAGGUCCACCUGCAAACUAUAUAACCAUGGUUAAUGUUCUUAGUGGUUGCUCCACUCCCAAUGCCCUACUGAUACAGGGGAUGCCCAUACAUGCACAUAUAGUUCUGACUGGAUUUGAAUCAGAUGAGUACGUUAAAAAUUCCCUUAUCACAAUGUAUGCCAAGUGUGGUGAUCUCAGUUCGAGUGUCUGUAUCUUUAAUGGAUUGGUUAACAAGAACCCUGUAACAUGGAACGCCAUGGUAGCUGCAAAUGCUCAUCAUGGACAUGGGGAAGAGGCCUUAAAACUCUUUCUUGAGAUGCAAAGAGCUGGAGUAGAAUUAGAUCAAUUCAGCUUCUCUGCAGCCCUUGCUGCCUCUGCAAACUUGGCUAUUCUGGAGGAAGGCCAACAGCUUCACAGUUUGUCUAUUAAACUUGGCUUUGACUCAUAUCUUUACGUUUUAAAUUCUACGAUGGAUAUGUAUGGGAAAUCUGGGGAAAUGAAUGAUGUACUGAAAAUGAUUCCAGAACCAAACUUGCGUUCACGAUUAUCAUGGAACAUAUUGAUUUCAGCAUUUGCAAGACAUGGCUUUUUCCAAAAAGCUAGAGAAACUUUCCAUGAGAUGCUCGGACAGGGGUCAACACCAGACCAUGUCACAUUUGUCUCCCUUCUAUCAGCUUGCAGUCAUGGGGGUCUAGUGGAUGUGGGUCUUGCAUACUUUGCUUCAAUGACUAAGGACUUCGGGGUCCCUGCUGCAAUUGAGCAUUGUGUAUGCAUUAUUGAUCUUCUCGGACGAUCAGGGAGACUUUCAGAGGCUGAAGCUUUUAUUCAAAAAAUGCCAGUCCCCCCAAAUGAUUACAUCUGGCGGAGCCUGUUGGCAGCAUGUAGAAUUCAUGGAGAUCGGGAGCUAGGAAAGAAAGCCGCUGAACGUCUUCUAGAGUCAAAUCCAUCAGAUGACUCCGCCUAUGUUCUUUAUUCAAAUGUCUGCGCGACAACUGGGAGAUGGGACCAUGUAGAGAAUGUCAGGGGCCAAAUGGAAUCUAAAAAUAUAAGGAAGAAACCCGCGUGCAGUUGGAUGACAUUGAAAAACCAAGUGAGCUCGUUUGGGAUUGGAGACCAAUCCCACCCACAGGCUGUGCAGAUAUAUACGAAAUUGGGAGAGCUUAGGAAAAUGAUUAAAGAAGCAGGUUAUGUAGCUGAUGUAACUUUUGCCUUGCAUGACACUGAUGAAGAACAGAAGGAGCAUGAUCUCUGGAACCACAGCGAGAGACUUGCACUCGCAUAUGGUUUGAUCAAUACACCAGAAUAUUCAACUCUUCGCAUUUUCAAGAACCUUCGUGUUUGUGGUGAUUGCCACUCUGUUUACAAGUUUGUCAGUGGAAUUAUUAAGCGGGAAAUCAUACUGAGGGAUCCAUAUCGGUUUCACCACUUUAGUAGUGGCAAGUGUUCUUGCGGUGACUAUUGGUAGCAUAAUUAUUGACUAGUGUAUCAAAUAAUAGACUCGUCUGCCUCCUGCAAUUCACUGCAUCCCUCCGAAUCCAACCAUGGAAGCUGAGUUCUCUUUGCUGUCUUAAUGUGAUGUCUGAUUUGGUACAAGUUGUUGCUGAAUGUGAUCAAUUAUCGAUCAUUUGGGGUAAGCAAAAUACUUAAAACACACCAAUUUCUUACUCUGUCCUUUUGAACUAAUUUUUCAUGGUGAUAUUAACUCUAGUAUUGAAAUA